GGGGGGAGAGGCAGCAGCAGCAGCUUAGUCAGAAACAGAAGUGACCGCUAGCUCCAUGUCAGCCGUACAGACAUCACUGAGCUAGCAGGAGCAGGAAAUCUUUCGGAGGGAAGAAGACGGAGAAAAGGAGAGACAGAGGGGGGGCUGCCGGAAGGGACACUGGGCGUCAUCUCAUCUGGUUUGAGCCGAGUCAACAUUUGCAUCGAUUCGUUUUUUCACCUGUUUUUAAGAGGCGCUCGAAAACAACACCAGCUGGAAGGUUAGCCAGCCGCCGCCAUCUCUUUCUGUCAGCCGGAGCGACCGCACCAUGGGCAACGCUGCCACCGCCAAGAAGGGCAACGAGCUGGAGAGCGAAACUUUUGUGAAAGAGUUCCUAGCCAAAGCCAAAGAAGAUUUCUUACGGAAAUGGGAAUGCCCACCACAGAGCACGACGUGCCUAGAUGACUUUGAGAGAUUAAAGACUCUGGGCACCGGCUCGUUUGGGAGAGUCAUGCUUGUGAAACACAAAGGAACAGAGCAAUACUUUGCCAUGAAAAUACUGGACAAGCAGAAGGUGGUGAAACUCAAGCAAAUAGAACACACAUUAAAUGAGAAGAGAAUAUUACAGGCAGUGAGCUUCCCCUUUCUCGUCAAACUCGAGUACGCGUUUAAGGACAACUCCAAUUUGUACAUGGUCAUGGAGUAUGUUCCGGGAGGGGAGAUGUUCUCACACCUAAGACGAAUUGGAAGGUUCAGUGAACCACACGCGAGAUUUUACGCCGCGCAAAUAGUGCUGACAUUUGAAUACCUCCACUCGCUAGAUCUCAUAUACAGAGAUCUGAAACCUGAGAAUCUCCUCAUCGACCACCACGGCUACAUUCAGGUGACAGACUUUGGAUUUGCCAAGCGGGUAAAAGGCAGGACCUGGACGUUGUGCGGCACACCGGAGUACCUGGCGCCCGAAAUCAUUCUCAGCAAAGGCUAUAACAAAGCCGUGGACUGGUGGGCGCUCGGAGUCCUCAUCUACGAAAUGGCAGCUGGCUACCCUCCUUUCUUUGCAGAUCAGCCCAUUCAGAUCUACGAGAAGAUUGUGUCUGGAAAGGUACGAUUCCCCUCCCACUUCAGCUCCGACUUGAAGGACCUGCUGAGAAACCUGCUGCAGGUGGACCUGACCAAACGUUACGGCAACCUGAAGAACGGCGUCAACGACAUCAAGGGCCACAAAUGGUUCGCCACAACAGACUGGAUUGCCAUCUACGAAAGAAAGGUCGAAGCUCCAUUCAUACCAAAGUGCAGAGGCCCGGGGGACACCAGCAACUUCGACGACUACGAGGAGGAGGAGAUCCGCGUUUCUUUAACGGAAAAGUGCGCAAAGGAAUUUGCAGAGUUUUAGGACACGGAUAUAUCAGGGAAAAUAAGGGGAUCUUUGCACUCUUCUAAAGACUUGGGAUGGAGCAGAGACCAUCUUUUUUCAGAUCUAAAACAUAGUCCCUUCAUUCCACAAGGCUGAAUGAGGUCGCCACGAUCCUUGGGUGCCGAUAACCUCUCACUGUCACAUACACCUGCGUAUUAAAGCAGACACAUCACUUUUCUCUUUUUCUUUCUUUUUUUACCUACCCACUGUUUGUUUUUUUGUUUUUUUUUUUUACUUUGAAGCAGUUAGUCUUGGAUGUUGUUAUCCCCCUAUUAAAAUGUGAUCUUUUUCGAAUUAUGAGGAAAAACUGAGACAGUGGCCAACAGCAGCGAUUAUACAGUCCCGUGCACUGUAACUGACUUCUCUGCUUGACUCACAGUUGAGUGGGUUGCAGGUUAUUCCCUCUAAGUUGUCAGCCAGUUGUAUAUUUAAAGCCCAGAUCACAUUGGCUAUCGUUAACGUCCUGGCCAGCGUACAGAGGUAGAUUCUGUCUUAUGUGCAUAUCUGUCAGUUUUGUAAGACAUUUGAACACGACGGGUGUUUUAAGCAUGACCAAAUAGAAAACACUGGGUGACACAAGAAGAGAGGUCCUUUCCUUUCUUUGCUUUUUGCCUUAGAAGAGACUAAUCCUCAGUCCCCGACAAAAGCGUCCAUUCACCGUCCUCUUGGGAUUCUGACCCGGGCACAGCAAGCCAUUGCAGAAAAUGACAAACCCUGUUACAUUAGCAAAAAUACAAAUCCACUUGUUUGUUUUGAUCUGUCUGGAUCUGUUAGUUACAUGUAAAAAAUUUGUCAUUUGCUGUGUUACUACUUUUCGUCUUUUCGCUGUGUCUAACAUUAUAGUCAUAUCGUCCCUAGAUUUCAGGUCUGCUUAUAAAGGCCGUCUGUCACGAGUCUGUGGAACAAUGUGACUUCAGUAAAUGGAAAAGAGUGAAGUGAAAUCAGAGUGUAAUGUUAAGUUGAGAAGGUCUGUAUGAAUAGUGUUGCGGCUUCGCGCCUCAACGAGUGAAAUCUUCAGAAUUUAUAAUAAUGUAUUAAAAGAGAGAUGUUUAAAAAAAAAAAAUCUUAAGAAACAAGAAUGCAAAACUGCAUAUUUACCUUAUUCUCCCUGUGCCCACGCCCCAAACAGAUCCCUUUGUUUUCAUUCUUGUCAAAAGAAUGUAGAUUUGCAACUUAUAGGUAUGCAUAUUUGAAAGCUUGAUUUCAAAGUACAGGUUUCCUCACAAUACACUGGCUAAAAUAAAGACUGCUCCUUUGUAUCACAUGUAACCCUGUUAUUGUUAAGCUCAUUACAUUAUACGUAUAUGCAUUGUUUCAUAUAUGUUUUUAUUUAUACACAUUAGAGAUGCUAAUAAAUUUUAUUUUUAAAAGUG